UCGGAGGUGGGAGCCCUAUACCGCGCGGCGAAAACGUAGCUAAUGUUAUGUAGAGCCCGUUCACUUGGAGAAGUUAGAAAUCCGACACAACACAAAAGUAGAAAAACGAAAAAGCCUAGACGAAAUUUUCUAAAUAAUUGUGACCAAACCAUCAUAUCGGAAUCUUUCUAUUCUACGCGAGGCAAAGGGAGGCGGGAAGGAGCAGGAAUUACUUCAAGCUGCUAGCUGUGUGCUCUUUGCCUGGAAGGUCUAUAACCUUGUGAGAGAAAUUGGGCAUCCUGUUAUUAGGAGGAGAAACGGGGAGAAGACAGAGGAGGGAAGAAGACAGCAGCUGUGACUUUGGAUGGCAAUAAUGACAGACUGUUGUUUAACCCCUCAUUGUUGGAUGGUGACCGAUUCACAAGUUAUACAUCUUGGUUGUGUGGAAUAGCCGGGAGCUGAAAACUGAGAGACACAAGAACAUCGGCUUGGUGGUGCGAGAGGCCAGUAUUGAGAUCACACGGCAGCAAGUAGAGGAGCUGUUUGGACCAGAGGACUUCUGGUGUCAGUGUGUAGCCUGGAGCUCUGCAGGGACCACCAAGAGCCGCAAGGCACACUCAUCGCCCGCUGUCAGUGCAUAGCGCUGGAGGCUGCAGGGUGGCAGUGUGUUGUGGGGAGUUCCUGAGAUCGCAGAAGAGACAGAGGGGGACUGGCACUCACUCACGUAGAGUCACACACACACAUCCUCUCUGCGUAGCGGCGGGCUGUGUUGCCAGCUAGUGUCUCAGGGAUUGUGCGUGCGGUGGUACAGAACAGUAGGAUGGUGGCUGUGUGGUUGCCGUGGGGAUGGGCCUGGAGGACUGUACUGCUGGUGACUGGACUGGCUUCACUGAGCCCCGGGACUGAUGCCAGUGUGUUGGAUACCAUAGUGCUACUGAGGAACCCUGUAAGAGACAGGUCAGACAGCAGGAAGGAGGAGGGUGGGAGUACAGCCCCGGCUCCAGCACAGAGGAUCCUCUGGUGUCACUGUUACCCUCACUGUUCUGAAGACUCCAACAAUACCUGCAGGACUGAUGGUUGUUGCUUCACCAUGGUGGAGGAAGAAGAGGGAAGUCUCCCUGUGCUGACCUCUGGAUGUCUGGGGCUGGUAGGCUUGGAGUUCCAGUGCAGGGACAACGGGGGUCCCCAUCGGAGGAGGGCUGUGGAGUGCUGUACAGACCAGGACUUCUGUAAUACAGACCUGCAUCCUACUUUACCACCACUGACGACCCCUGAUUACGUGGACAGCAGUAUCCACCCCAUUGCUCUCUUCAUCUCUGUCACAGUGUGCUGCAUCAUCCUGGUACUCAUCAUCGUCUUCUGUUACUUCAGGUAUAAGCGUCAGGAGUCGCGACCUCGCUACAGUAUUGGUCUGGAGCAGGAUGAGACUUAUAUCCCUCCUGGAGAAUCUCUGAAGGACCUGAUAGAACAGUCCCAGAGCUCUGGAUCAGGGUCAGGACUCCCCCUGCUGGUGCAGCGCACCAUAGCCAAGCAGAUUCAGAUGGUGAAGCAGAUAGGUAAGGGCCGCUACGGGGAGGUGUGGAUGGGUCGCUGGAGAGGAGAGAGAGUGGCUGUCAAAGUGUUCUUCACCACCGAGGAGGCCAGCUGGUUCAGAGAGACAGAGAUCUACCAAACUGUCCUCAUGAGACACGAGAACAUACUGGGCUUCAUAGCAGCGGACAUAAAGGGAACAGGCUCGUGGACCCAGCUCUACCUGAUCACAGACUACCAUGAGAGUGGAUCUCUGUACGACUACCUCAAGUCCACCACCCUGGACAUCAAGGCCAUGCUGCGGCUGGCCUACUCCUCAGUGUCAGGCCUCUGUCACCUCCACACAGAGAUCUUUGGCACCCAGGGUAAACCAGCCAUCGCUCACAGAGACCUGAAGAGCAAGAACAUCCUAGUGAAGAAGAAUGGGGCCUGCUGCAUCGCUGACCUGGGCCUGGCCGUCAAAUUCAUCAGUGACACCAACGAGGUGGACAUCCCUCCCAACACCAGGGUGGGCACUAAGCGCUACAUGCCCCCAGAGGUCCUGGACGAGAGUCUGAACCGGAACCACUUCCAGUCCUACAUCAUGGCCGACAUGUACAGCUUUGGCCUCAUCCUCUGGGAGAUCGCCCGGCGCUGCGUCUCUGGAGGCAUCGUAGAGGAGUACCAGCUGCCCUACCAUGACCUGGUGUCCUCUGACCCCUCCUACGAGGACAUGAGGGAGGUUGUGUGCAUCAAGAGACAGAGGCCCUCAUUCGCCAACCGCUGGAACAGUGAUGAGUGUCUCAGACAGAUGGGGAAGCUGAUGACGGAGUGCUGGGCCCACAACCCAGCCUCUCGCCUCACAGCUCUGAGAGUGAAGAAGACCCUGGCCAAGAUGUCUGAGACUCAGGAUAUCAAACUGUGACACACUGCUACUGCCACAUAGAGACACUCAACACCUAGAGACAUGUCCAUGGCCUAGUGCCACUCUGCCAGGACCAUGGGUGGAGAGCAAGGCGAGUGGGAGAGAGAUGGUCUGCUCUCUUUUUGCCCAUGCACUGCCACCUCUGGGAUAGAGAGUGUCCCAGUGGGCAGGGUCUGGUCUGGUGUUGCUUUCUGUGAAAGCUGAUUGGCUCUCUAAAUGAGGGGGGAACACACGGACAGACAGUGCCCUAUACAGGAGAGGAGUCACUCUCUCCCUCACAGUAGAGGGUUAGGGGGGUGGGGGUCCUGCUCUGUCCAUCUAAAGCCAUAUAACAGUGUUUGUUUUUGUGGUAACACUUUAUUUGAACUAGCCACCAUCAAUCCCCUUCAAACCAAUGUCAGAAUGUUCAUUAAACUUUGACAUGUUUACAACAUUUAUGUAGGGUUAUGAGGCUAGUUCAAAUAAAGUGUUGCCGUUGUUGCCCAUUGUGCUAUUUAUUCGUCUUUUUUUUUACAAAUGUAGAGAAAUCUACAUACUGUUGGAAGUGAAGUAUAUAUAUCUUGCAGCAUUACUGCUUUAGAAACCCAGGCAUUUGUUUCUUCUAUUCAUACAGGAAAACACACAGCUUCAAUAUUGACCUACAUGUGGGCCAUUUGACUAUCCAAGGGAGCCAUUCUUAGUCCCCUGAAAUGUCUAUGUACUGUAUCAACAACUAACUAUAGGAGAAAAUGAUACAUCAUGGUUAAUAAGCUUGGGAGUGAUGUUACUCAGGCUAGCUGAUGGUUAAUAAGCUUGGGAGUGAUAUUACUCAGGCUAGCUGAUGGUUAAUAAGCUUGGGAGUGAUGUUACUCAGGCUAGCUGAUGGUUAAUAAGCUUGGGAGUGAUGUUACUCAGGCUAGCUGAUGGUUAAUAAGCUUGGGAGUGAUGUUACUCAGGCUAGCUGAUGGUUAAUAAGCUUGGGAGUGAUGUUACUCAGGCUAGCUGAGUCAUGCCAAUAAGAUGGUCUCCCCCAUGGUUGUCUUGUUACUGUAAUAUGAAGAAAAAAAAUCUCCCAUCACGGUAUUGAAUUGUUAAUAAUACUGUUGAAAUGUAUUGAUACUGAUGGACUUAAUCAUGUGAAAUGUCAGUUUUGGUUGUUUGCCUUUGGCUUGUGUACAGAAUAACUCCCUGACCGUCCACUCCACCACUAUGGCGUGUGCCUUAUUUAAUCUGUACAUAUGUGUAUAAGAGAGUGUGUGGACCAGGAGAACAUUCCCUAAUAAAAUGAUGUCAACGUC